AUGUCCGUGGCCCAGGAUUAUGGGACAAGAUAUGCCCGUAGGAAGUCGGCACUGAGAAAACACAAGGACAUCCUAGCCAAGAUGAAUGAAGAGGAGCAGAAUCAUUCAGCCUUCUUUAUCAGGGUUAAGAAUCCAGCCGAACGGUACCUGAAACAAUCAGCAGGUGAUGCUAAUGCACCAUGCAAAGAUGCAAAGGAGGAAUUGAAACCAGGAGACCUUAUUGAGAUCUUCCGUCCUUCUUGCCAACACUGGGCCAUCUAUAUAGGGGAUCAACAGGUGGUCCACUUGGCAACCGAAUGUGACCAUUUAGCAGAUGGCUCUCCCAACCCCUUGGCAAUCUUAUCCGAGAGAGUUUGUGUAAAGAAGGAUUGGCUGGAAGACGUCGUCCGGAAGGACAGAUACCGAGUGAAUAAUAAGCAUGACGAGACACACCCACCGCUACCCCUCUCUAAGAUCCUCUGGCAGACGGAGGAAUUGGUCGGAAAAGAGAUGCCUUACACCCUGAGCAGCCAAAACUGCGAGAAUUUUGUUAUGGAGCUACGUUAUGGACCUGAAAUGAACGAACAGGAAGAAAUAAAACCCGGGGACCUCAUCGAGAUUUUCCGCUCUUGUUAUCAACACUGGGGUAUCUACGUCGGAGAGGGCAAGGUCGUUCACUUAGCCCCCGAAUGUGACCGUCUUGCGAAUGGGGCUGCCAGCGUAUUGGCGGUCUUGUCUGACAGAGCAUACGUGAAGAAAGAUUGGCUGGAAACUGUGGUGCGAAAAGACGAAUAUCGAGUGAACAACAAACAUGACUAUACACAUCCCCCAUUGCCCCUGGCCAAGAUCCUCCAGCGGGCAGAAGAGCUGGUGGGCAGAGAGAUGCCCUACAACCUCACCAGCCACAACUGUGAACACUUUGUCAUGGAGUUGCGAUACGGCGUUGCAAUGAGUGAUCAGGUCACUGAAGCCAUUGCUGUGGGAACAAUUGGCAUGAUGGGCGUGGCGGCCGCCAUGAUCCGAUCUGCGGCCAAGAGGCGCAAGCACUACAAUGAAUAGGUUGUGGGGGCAGAGGCCUCCACAGCAGGAUCGUUACCACCUCUGGGGGUGUUUUGACUGCCUAGUGUCUUUUAUUUGCCAUAUUGUUUUAAGACCACCAGACCAAAAAUUAAAUCAGAUUUUGUGGCAGAAGGCCACCACCCACAUCGUGCU